GAGAGAGACUAAGACGGAUAACGCGUCAUCUCGCCUUCCCAAAUUUUCCCCCCUCGCUAGACUGGGUCCAAAACCUCCAUCUGGAGCCGGCAGGAGAAGAGAACGAUGUUUAACUCGGUCAACCUGGGCAACUUCUGCUCGCCGUCGCGCAAGGAGAGGGGCGCUGAUUUCGGCGAGCGAGGGAGCUGCGCCUCCAACCUCUAUCUGCCCAGUUGCACUUACUACGUGCCUGAGUUCUCCACGGUCUCCUCCUUCCUGCCCCAGGCCCCCUCUCGUCAGAUCUCCUAUCCCUACUCGGCCCAAGUGCCCCCGGUCCGGGAGGUGUCCUACGGCCUGGAGCCAUCCGGCAAGUGGCACCACCGGAACAGCUACUCCUCCUGCUAUGCGGCGGCCGACGAGCUUAUGCACCGGGAGUGCCUGCCUCCUUCCACCGUCACGGAGAUCCUCAUGAAAAACGAAGGCUCAUACGGCGGUCACCACCACCCCAGCGCCCCGCACGCAGCCCCCGCCAGCUUCUACUCCUCAGUCAACAAGAACAGCGUCCUGCCUCAAGCCUUCGACCGCUUCUUCGACAACGCCUACUGUGGUGGUGGCGACGCGCCUGCCGAGCCCCCCUGCCCAGGCAAGGGUGAGGCCAAGGGGGAGCCCGAGGUGCCCCCGGCCUCGGGACUAGCGUCCCGGGGUGAGGCGGGUGCCGAGGCCGAGGCCGAGGAGGAAAACACGAAUCCCAGCUCGUCCGGUUCAGCCCAUUCGGCGGCCAAGGAGCCGACCAAGGGAGCCGCCCCCAACGCCCCCCGCACCCGCAAGAAGCGCUGUCCUUAUUCGAAAUUCCAGAUUCGGGAACUGGAGAGAGAGUUUUUCUUCAACGUGUAUAUCAACAAAGAGAAGCGGCUGCAGCUGUCCCGGAUGCUGAACCUGACAGACCGACAAGUGAAAAUUUGGUUUCAGAACAGAAGAAUGAAAGAAAAAAAACUAAGCAGAGACCGGCUGCAGUAUUUCUCGGGAAAUCCUCUGCUGUAACCGCAUACAGGGCCCUUUGGAGGGAGGGAGAAAGGAAGAAAUUAUUUUAUUUUAUUUUUAUUUUUUAUUUUCUAACUCGCCUUCUUUCCGCGGGUGGAAAACUGUACUGUGGCCAGGGCUGGCCCCCACUGCCGUUGCCCGCAAUUCUUUCUGGAACCUCCUUCUACUUCGGUCUGACUCUCGCGUGGGACAGGCACCGGGCCUGGAACGGGGGAGGUGAAGGGAAGUGUCUGGCCCACUGCGA